UUAUUCAGUUUGGUUCAUGUCCACUUGACGUCGGUUUAGUACUACUACACUAACCCACGCACUUUCAGGGGGUAUGUGUACUUGGAUCCAGUUUCGUGUGUUUUCUGCUGUCUGGCUGCUUUCCGCGUAGCCGAGGAGGAGCUCAUCACUUGGCCGCGGACAUGUCUUCGUGGCGGCGGCUCCAUGUGAAGGCUCGGACCGGGGGUUUCCUGAGCUCCACGCCGGUCACGCCGCGGCACACACGGCUCCGUGGACCGUUCAUGCCCUGUCAAAGCCUGAGCACCGGCAGGAGUCUGAGGAAGGGCUUCAUUAAAGACCUGGAGAAUCAACUUUCAGAGAUGAAGAAGAAGGCAGUGGACGCUCUUCCAGGAAGCAGCUGGAGUCCUGUGCUGAUCAACCCGAACCUCCCUCCAGAACGGGCUGACAUCGUGAUCGUAGGAGGUGGUGUGAUCGGCUGGUCCAUCGCAUACUGGCUCAAACAGAAGGAGAGGGUCCGGGGAGGGCUCCGGGUCAUCGUGGUGGAGAGGGACCCGACGUACUCGAGGGCGUCCACCGUUCUGUCAGCUGGAGGAAUCAGGCAGCAGUUCUCCCUGCUGGAGAACAUCCAUCUCUCUUUGGCCUCAGCAGACUUCAUGAGGAACAUCAAUGACCACCUCUUUGUACUGAAAGAAGACCCAGUGGACCUGCAGUUCAACCACUCAGGAUACAUGUUCCUGGCAAAUGAGCAAGUGGCUCACAUCAUGGAGGAAAACUACAGGACACAAAGAUCCGCAGGAGCCGAAGUAUCACUUCUCUCUCCGACUCAAGUCAAGGAGAAAUUCCCAUGGAUCAACACAGAUGGUGUGGCACUGGCCUCAUAUGGGUUGGAGAACGAGGGCUGGUUCGACCCCUGGUCGCUACUGAACGCUUUCAGGAGGAAGGCCGUCUCUAUGGGAGUGGUUCAGUGCUGUGGGGAAGUUACAGGUUUUAAGUACAAAACAAAUGUAGUGAACUCCGUCGAUGGAGAACAGAUGUUUAUAAGGAGAAUCCAAUCUGUUAAAGUGCAGAUGCCAAACAGUCUGGAGUACCAGCCGGUCGAGUGUGCCAUUGUGGUGAAUGCAGCAGGAGCUUUUUCUGGGAAACUGGCAGAGAUGCUUGGCAUUGGCUCCAGUCCUGAAGACUCCAUCGCUGGAAUUCCUCUGCCUGUUGAGCCCCGAAAGAGGUACAUCUAUGUGGUCCACUGUCCUGAUGGUCCAGGUCUGGACACCCCCUUUCUCAUUGAUUACUCUGGAGUUUACUUCAGAAGAGAGGGUUUAGGAGGGAACUAUAUCACUGGGACUUCACCAGAGGAGGAUGAAGAGCCAGACACCAGUAAUCUGGAUGUGGAUCAUGAGUUUUUUGUGGAUAAAGUCUGGCCCAGUUUGGCCCACCGUGUCCCUGCCUUUGAGAAACUCAAGGUGACCAGUGCGUGGGCAGGUUUCUACGACUACAACACCUUUGACCAGAAUGGCAUCAUUGGGGUGCACCCUCUCAUCAACAACAUGUACUUUGCCACCGGUUUCAGCGGCCACGGCCUGCAGCAGUCUCCGGCAGUGGGACGCGGUGUCGCAGAACUCAUCCUGGACGGAAACUUCAGAACCUUGGACUUGAGUGGCCUCAGCUUCAGACGCAUCCUGACUCAGGAGCCAAUGCUGGAGAGAAACAUCGUGUAGGGGAUUCAAUACUAUUAUUAAACUAAAACAUAAAAGACAGGAAAGUACAGGUAAACAAACCAAAACCUACCAAGGACAUUCAUAGAUUUGUCUACUCUUAAGUCUCUCUGUGUCACUUUUAGUUUUAUGUCCACUGGUAAUUAAACUGUUUUAUUAACCAAUGAUAUUUAUUAGUUUUCAACUUUUACAAAAAAA